AUGAGCAACCCGCCUCAAACCCACGAUCUGAUGAUCGUUUUCGACGUUGUAACAGGCGGGGCUGCCGGUGUCACGGAGUUGAAAAAGGCCAUUACCGAUAUUAUCAACUUCGUGUCUGUCGCUGACUGCUUUGACCGCCUUGGAGUCCUAGCCUAUCGGAAUUAUGAUUAUGCUGAUAAAAAAGUUAUAGAAUGGUCACGAUGGUGCAGACCUUAUUCUAGAUCCAGCCCUCUAAGUGCAGACCAGCUACUCAAAUUCGUUGAAGAUUUAGAGAUGCCGACUGUUGGCUCCGCGUCCAAAUCAAAUUGUGCUUGCAAAGCGGCCCUUGCCAACGUGUAUCUGCAGAUGAGAAGUAACGGCACUAUCGUCCUUCUUUAUGCCCAUGCUCCUCCCAUGCUGGGGCUGGAGGAUAUCAGUGGACCUUAUUACAGAGCAGAGCAGGAGUUCCUCCCCAAAAAAUAUGGUCAACUAGGCGACUGUUUCAAGAAUUGGAUUAAUUGUGCCAAUAAUCUCGCGGGCACUGCAAGGGUUUCGUCGGGUCUCAAGAAAGCUGUGGUGUUUUCUUUCACCCUUGGAUCCGCUCACAACCUCAAUGACGACACCAGCUAUUGGAGCCCAUAUCUCUAUCUGUCCGCCAUGACACAAGGCAAUCUCUUUCGUACGAUAUACAGCCGUAGAGUCAUCUUUCGACUCACUAUAGGCCUGCUUCUCUUUUGGAUGCGGGCUGAUGGGAUUAUCGACAUACCAGAGUCCAUCAGAAUAAGCUACAAAUUUGACCCAGACUUGCUCUCUACAGUUUCCGAAGCCAACUUGGCGACGCUCUGCGGCUCAAACUAUAGCAACAUCACCCCCACUAAGCCGACCAUGCUACACAACGAAAUCCCCCUUCUUCUACAUGGCGAUGUUAGUACCCAUCAGAAGCAAGCCAACAAACUCACAAGCAGAAACGUGGCCAGAAAUUACAUCAAUGGCACUGCAGCCUACAAAGACUUCAUCGCAAAACAUCUCAAUCGAAUUAUCAAGACCAAUGUAUCGGGCAUCGCUUUCCAUCCCUUAUACGGGCAGCUUUUUCGCACUGUCUGUGAAAAACAAACUGGCGACAAAGUAAAGACAGCCCUCUUGCAAGAGUUCAGAGCCCAGGUCAACCUGAUUGCCGAUGACAAAGACAAGAGGCAAACACAGAAUUGGUUGGAAGAGUCGUAUACCCUUUUCCAUGAGAUCAAUGAGAAGAUCUUAGCUCUUCCUGCACAUCUCCAAUUCCCACUUGUAUAUAUUCCUCCUGAUCAGGAUGAUUCUGGCCUUACUCGUACACAGCUACUCGUCAUGUGGGAGUCGUGCGACAUGGAUACUUUGAAACCUUUAGGUGAUAUUCUAAGCCAGGUGCAUUAUGUCAAGGAGGAGAAGGAUAUGCCUGACAAUAAGUCACGUUUGUGGCCUUGCCUGGCUCCUCGGAUCCCUCUUGCACUAAUGGGCAAUAAGGACCCGGGCAAGUUCUAG